AUGAUGUGUUUUCGAGUUCUCCGACCGACUUUGAAUCUUGUUCGCUGUUUCCUUUUUAAGCUUACAGUUCCUCCUGGCAGCGCACCCGUCACGUCUCGCCCCUACCGCGUUAAUCCCCCGGUGGCGAAAAUAGUUGACGCGAUCCUUGACCAAUAUCUUGCGGCAGGUUUGAUCCAACAUUCGACCUCGCCUUACUCGAGCCCUUUGGUAGUCAUACCGAAGAAAUCUGGUGGUGUUCGCAUCACCGUCAAUUAUCGUAAGCUCAACAAGCUUUGUGCUUUGAGUCAGCUUCCGAUUCCUCGAGUCGAUGAUACUUUGGACAAGUUGUUGAAAGGGCGAAUUUAUUCCCUUUUCGACAUAAAAUCUUCGUUCCACCAAAUCACGGUGCACGAUACAAUCCCUUUGACGGCAUUCGUGACGUCUUCCGGGCUUUUCGAGUGGUUGAAGAUGCCUCAAGGCAGUUCGGCUGCCCCUGGAUGGUUUUGCAAAGUUGUCAACGAAGCAUCGUAUUUGGAUGAUCUGAUCGUCUUUGAUGACGCUGCUACUCAUGUCGGUACCAUGCGCGCACUCUUUGAUUGCUUGCGUACGCACAACUUGAAACUCACGCCUCCGAAAGCUACUAUUGGCGCUACUGAAGCAGACUUCCUCGGACACACCAUCUCCCCUGACGGCGUUAGGCCUAACGGUGCCAAGGUUUCGGCCCUCACCAAAAUGCCUAUGCCCAGGGAUGUCGAGCAACUACGUUCCCUUCUCGGUGGUCUCAGCUACUACCGUAAGUUCCUCCCCAACAUGGCUAAACGCAUUCGACCUCUGACUACUCUACUUAAGAAGCAGGAGAAGUUUAUCUUCACCCCUUCCAUGGAGCAAGCCGUUCGCGUUUUAUUAGCUGAGUUGGCCAAUCCCCCUGUUUUGGAUUAUCCAGAUUGGGAUGCUGUUUCAGACGGCUCGCGACCUCUUCACCUUUACUGUGAUGCUAGUCGCGAUGGGUUUGGUGCGACUCUCGAACAAGAACAACCAGAUAGUUCCAUUCGCCCAAUUGUCUUCAUCAGUCGGGCUACUUUGGACUCAGAACGCCACUGGACUCCCCUCGAUCUCGAGGCGGGUAGCAUCGUGUGGUGUAUCAAGCGCCUUCGCGGUUACUUGUGGGGUACGAAAUGUCGCAUUAUUACCGACCACAAAUCUCUCGAACAUUUUGCUAAGGUGGGGGAGAACAAUGCCCACGUUCAGCGCUGGCUGGAAUUUCUUACCGCCUACAAUUACACUCUCGAGAAUCGCAAGGGUUCCGCAAAUGGCAACGCUGAUUUCCUCUCACGCCUCCCAGUCGCUGCGGCUGAAUGCGACCGUUCGGGUCGCAGCCGUCUGACCCCGGCUGAGGAUGAAGAGGCGACUCCUCGGUGGCCUACCAUGUCCCUUCCUUUGCCUUCGGGCCCUGGUGUGUCGGUGAGUGCUGACUAUUUUGGUCCACUUCCGUUGACACCGCGUGGCAACACAUACAUUCUGCUCUUCACAAACCGUUUCAGCCGCCGUGCUGAUAUGUACGCGGUUACGGCUGAAGAAUUCACCGCCGAAGGCACAGUUGACAUCCUUGUCAACAGGUAUAUCCCUUUGUGGGGUUGCCCGUUGAGUCUUUUGUCUGACAACGGCUCUCAGUUUUGCUCUAAACUGUCCCAAGCCGUAUGUGCCCGUCUUCCUAUCCGCAAAGCUACUAGCUCGUACAAUCCCAAUGGAAAUGGGGGUGUGGAGCGUGUCAACCACACUAUGGCUCAGAUGUUGGCUAUGGUUGUCAACAAACGACAAGAUGAUUGGGACAUUCAUCUCCCACACGUCGCGUUUGCAUACAACAACUCCGUUAGCGCCGCUACCGGUUUGGCGCCCAAUGAGGUGCAUAUGAAUCGAUUGCCUCGUUUACCGAUGACUGUNAUGUGCCCGUCUUCCUAUCCGCAAAGCUACUAG